AAUUUACGCGUUGGCAACGGAAUCCCUUACAGUGCCUGAUCUCGGUGGAGUUUUUACGCAACCCCCCCGCACUCUCUCUCUCCCACUCGGUCUCUCUCAUCCUCUCCGGAGACAACCAUAGGCCUCCAGAUCAUGCGUUUCUAGGGUUUCGGAUCAGCUUUCCCGCCAUUGAAUUCAAGAUCGAAGCUUUAUCUCUCAACCUUUUGAUCAUCAUCCUCAUGGGCAACACCGGGAGCAGCGGCAACGGCCGUCGGAGAAAUUCUCACCAUCAUCACCACCACCACCACCACCAUCCGCCUAGCCCACCUCCACCGCUCAAUCCCCAGCAAGCGCAAGAGAUCCCUGCCAAUCGCUUAUAUGCCUAUACGCCCUCGUAUCCUCCCACCAACCACAACCCCAACGCUCAACAUUACUACCAGUACACCGCCUUCUACCCGCCGGCCCCUCCGGCGAUGCCCGUGCCGCUGCCAGCCCCGUUCGACAACCAUCACCGUGGAGACAUCCACGAAUGGGCUCCGGCAGUGGUUGGGGGGCGGUAUCCCAUGCCCCCGGUGUCGGCUCCCUCUCCCGCGCCCUAUGUUGAGCAUCAGAAGGCUGUGACUAUCCGAAAUGACAUCAACCUCAAGAAGGAGACGCUUAGGGUUGAGCCUGAUGAACAGAACCCUGGAAAGUUUCUCGUCGCUUUCACGUUCGAUGCUACUGUUGCUGGGAGCAUCGCUGUUCUUUUCUUUGCAAAAGAAGAGCUUGAUUGCAACCUUGUUGCCACAAAGGACAGCCUUGAGCCAAUCACUGUUCAUUUUAAGGCAGGCUUGGGGCAGAAGUUUAGACAGCCUUGCGGCACUGGAAUUGAUUUCUCUAUGUUUGACAAAUCAGAGCUUACGGUAGAAGGAGAUGCAGAGGUGUAUCCAUUAGCUGUAAAAGCGGAAGCAUCUCUAUCUGACCAAGAAUCAUCAGGUGAUAACGAGAGUACAGGAACCCCAAACUCUCAGAUUACACAGGCUAUGUUUGUAAAGAAGGAGAACGGUGACUAUCAGGUUCGUGUGCUGAAGCAGAUACUCUGGGUUAAUGGCACUAGAUAUGAAUUGCAGGAGAUAUAUGGCAUAGGAAAUUCAGUCGAAGGUGACUUUGAUGGGAAUGAUCCUGGGAAAGAAUGUGUAAUAUGCCUGUCUGAACCACGAGAUACAGCUGUGCUACCAUGCAGACAUAUGUGCAUGUGCAGUGGAUGUGCAAAAGUUUUAAGAUUUCAGACAAACCGAUGCCCUAUAUGCAGGCAGCCGGUUGAGCGGCUAUUAGAAAUAAAGGUCAACAGGGCUGAGGAGCAAAAUGAGGCAGAAAGUUGAUUGAAGCAUGCAUCGCUUACUGGCCAUCCUGUUUCUACAAAGCUUAAAAUAAGUGGCCCAUAUAUGAUAUAACAUUUCUUAUGAUUGUCUGUUUGGUUUGGCCAUAAUCUUUGCAGUGUGCAAGUGCUAAAGAUUCUAUUGUUCCAAUCAUUUGUAUAUUCUGCACGUCUUUAGUUUUCAGGUUGGUUCUUGAGAGCUUAGAAGUUCUUGCAAUGUCGCUCCAGGUAUUGAAGAACAGUAGAUCAAAGCACCUCCUUUUGGUGCUUCUUUGCCGUACUAUUAGUUAUUGACUUUCUGGUUUAGGGUCUUGAUACAUUCACCCAAUGUACACAAAAACAUUUACUGGUGUGUGGCCUGUGCUGAAGCCCAACCCUAACUGUGAAUUAUAUCUUCUUGUAUUCCAAA